CCGUCUCAGGUGUGACGCUCUCGUGGAGUGCGGCUCUCAGGCUGGCAUUGUGGUGGCUCUGCUUGGCCACCACUGACGAUGGCCCACGUCGCUUGGCUCUUUGCUCUUUUGUUCUUGUUUUGUGGGCUCAGCUGUGACUCGGACGAGGCUGUGAGAAGCAGAAGGAAGAGGGACGUGUCCAGUGAUCUGCCUCGCCUGGCAACAGACAACGGGAACUUAGUGUUCCACACUGGCAACAGUAAGAACAUCGAGUUCAGGGCAGGACCUUCUGGCCACGUCAAAAUCGGCAACGAGGACCUGACGGAGCUGCUGAAGCAGAUCAAGAAGAAUGAAGAUGACAUCACAUCCAUCAAGAACAGUGGUGGUGGAGUCCCAGCAAACGUCUCCACUCAGAUCAACCAGCUCAACAGCCGGGUGACGUCUCUGGAGAGCAAAGUCCAGAAUCUGGAGCAGGUGGUCCAGCAGCGGUCCUGCACCAGUAAUCCCUGUCAGCAUUCUGGGACCUGUUUGAAUCUGCUGGGUGCUUUUCACUGCAUUUGUCCAGGUAACUGGAAGGGUCUCACCUGCUCGGAGGAUGUCAAUGAAUGUCAGGCGUACGCCGGGACCCCAAUGGCCUGUCAGAAUGGAGGGAACUGCAGGAACACGGACGGGAGCUACAGCUGCGAGUGUACCCCCGAGUGGUACGGACCCCACUGCACUUCCCGCUAUGACGACUGCCAGGGCGGCUCUCAGGCCCUCUGUGAUCACGGCCUCUGCUUUGACUCCGACCGACUGCAGCCUGGGCAGCCCAGCUACAAGUGCAUUUGUGACAGUGGGUGGACGUCACCAGCGGGGACCCCCGCCUGCACGGCCGACAUCGAUGAAUGUAACCUUCCCAACCCCCCUUGCUCGGCCAACCCCCCGGUGCAGUGCUUCAACACCAUCGGCUCCUUCUUUUGUGGCUCCUGUCCUGCAGGUUGGCAAGGAAAUGGUUACUCGUGCCAGGACAUCAAUGAAUGUGAGAGCAACAAUGGCGGCUGUUCGGUUUCUCCCAUGGUCCAGUGUCUGAACACGAUGGGGUCUUUCCAUUGCGGGCCGUGCCCACCAGGCUAUGAAGGGAACGGCAAAGUGUGCACCCAGACGAGCAUCUGCUCCGUCAACAACGGCGGCUGCCACCCGCUGGCAUCGUGUGCACCCAACCCAGAGAGCAGCCUGCCCACCUGUGUGUGCCCACCGGGGUACGCUGGUAAUGGAUACGGACCCUAUGGCUGCACGGCUGUCAGCGACAUUUGCCAGCAUCAUAACCCCUGUGUGCACGGCCAGUGCAUUAGUACGGCGUCCGGAUACCUGUGCACCUGUGACUCCGGCUGGACGGGCAUCAACUGCACAGAGAACAUCAACGAGUGCCUCAGCAACCCCUGCCAGAACGGGGGGCAGUGCAUCGAUGGCAUCAACGGCUACUUCUGCAACUGCACAAGCUCUUGGACGGGGCCGCAGUGUCAGACCCCUCAACAAGUGUGCGGUGGCUACCUAACUGGCCAGUCGGGCACCUUUAGCUACCCCAACACACCAGGUGGUGAGCAGUACGAUCAUCAGGUCAGCUGUGCUUGGGUCAUCCGAACAGAUUCAGACAAGAUCGUCCACAUCACAUUCCCAUACUUCAGCCUGGAGAGCAGCGUCAGCUGCAACUUUGACUUCCUGCAGAUUCACGACGGAGAGUCGGCCUCGAGCCACAUGAUUGGCAAAUACUGCGGCAACACCAGGCCGCCAGACAUCGCCAGCUCCCACAAUUCCUUGUACUUCUGGUUCCGCUCCGACCACUCCGUCAGUGCCGGUGGAUUUACUGUGGCAUGGGACUCGCGGGCACCGGAGUGCGGGGGCGAGCUCACUGCCACAUAUGGCUCCAUUAACUCCCCUGGUUACCCUGGCAACUACCCGCCCAACAGGGACUGCUACUGGACCGUUUCGGUCAGCCCGGGCCUGCUCAUCACGUUUGCCUUUGGGACGCUGAGUCUGGAGCACCACGCCAACUGCAGCUUCGACUACCUGGAGAUUAGGGACGGUCUGCUCCCUGAAGAUGACGUCCUAGGUUUGUACUGCAGUACCGGCUCUCCUGUUCCGCUGAGGACCACCGGACCGUAUGCUUGGAUCCAUUUCCAUUCCGACUUUAGUAUCACUGACAGAGGCUUCCACAUCACCUACACCACCUCGCCAUCGGACCCCGGCUGCGGAGGCACAUUCACAGACAGCGAAGGGAUCCUCAUCUCUCCCAACUGGCCCAAUGCGUACGCCAACAACCGGCAGUGCAUUUACAUCAUCAGACUGCCGGCCAAUGAAGUCGUCUCCCUGAACUUCACCAACCUGGACCUGGAGAGCCACAGCAGCUGCUCUUUUGACUACGUGGAGGUACGUGACGGAUCUUCAGAAACCGAUCCAUUGAUUGGCAAGUACUGUGGAACCAGCGCUCCGCCGCCCAUCACGUCAUCUUCAAACAAGCUGUGGAUCAAAUUCAAGUCCGAUUCUUCGGUGACAAGAGGAGGCUUCAGAGCAAUUUACAAAGUCGCGUGUGGUGGCACCUUGUCUGGCAGCGGUCAGAUCCGAUCUCCUUACCACCCAAACCCUUACCCACACAGCAAGACCUGUGAGUGGGUCAUCACCCAGUCUCCUGGACAGGUGGUCACCUUCAGCUUCGAGUCCUUUGACAUCGAGGGCAGCUCGACUUGCUCCUUCGACUAUGUGGAGCUCAGGGAUGGGACCUCCGUCAGCUCCCCGCUGAUUGGGAAAUACUGUGGCACCCAAAUGCCACCCGCUGCUCAGUCCACCCAGAGGUCCAUGUAUGUCCGCUUUGUUACUGACUCAUCGGUCUCCAAUCACGGCUUCACUGCUCAGUAUGCAGCAAUAAUGGAGCCUUGUGGAGAUGUGCUUACCGCUGAUCAGGGGACAAUCACCAGUCCUGGUCAUCCAACCAGCUACCCUCAUGGAGCCAACUGCACGUGGCUUAUCUCGGUCACUCCUGGCAACAUCAUCCGACUCACCUUCACCUCAUUUAACAUUGAAUUUCACUACAACUGCGCCUAUGACUAUGUUGAAGUUUAUGACAAUGGGACCGUAUCUACUGGAAACAAACUUGGCAGGUACUGUGGAAGAUCUGCCCCUCCAUCGCUCACCAGCACUGACCACGUGAUGACCAUCUUGUUUGUCUCGGACGCGUCGCUGGCUGUUGAGGGAUUUUCUGCUAACUACAUCUCCAUUAAUGCUACCACAGCCUGUGAAGAGACAUUUACAAAUCCUACCGGUCAGCUGACAUCACCCAACUACCCCAACAACUACCCCGUCUACCGAGAGUGCACCUAUCGUAUCAUCGUGAGUGUGAACCGGCAGAUCAUGCUCAACUUCACCGACUUUGCCUUGGAGCCGACGUACCCCAGCUGUCUGUACGACUACGUGGAGAUCAGAGAUGGAGGAUAUGAGACGUCACCUCUGACCAGCCGAUAUUGCGGCACGACCACCCCGCCUAUCAUCAUGUCUCACAGCAACAGACUGUGGAUCAAAUUCCGCUCGGAUAUGACCUCCACCUACAGAGGCUUCAUGGCCCAUUGGGAUGGCACCUUAACAGGUUGUGGUGGGACUCUGACGACGAGUUCCGGAAGCUUCACCUCCCCCAACUACCCCCUGCCGUACCACCCCAACUCCGAGUGCUACUGGAUUCUACAGGCAAGUGGCGGCAGUCAGGAGGAACUUCGCUUUGAAGUCUUCCAUUUGGAGUCGAGCACCAACUGCAAUUACGAUUUCCUGGAGGUGUACAACGGCAACAGCUCCAACUCUCCUCUCUUGGCCAAACUCUGUGGUAAUCAAAUCCCGGCGCCCAUUCGAUCCUCCAGAGAAAAUCUGUACGUCAAGCUGCGGACGGACGCCUCCAUCGGGGCCGGGGGAUUUGUGGCAGUCUACAGUCAAGUCUGUCAAGGAGUCGUCAUCAGGGGUCUCAACAGGGGCGUCUUGGAGAGUCCCAACUACCCGGGUUUGUACCCCCACUCAAAGCACUGCAACUGGACCAUCGAGGCCACCGUCGGGAACACCAUCAACUACACCUUCACGGCCUUCAGCAUGGAGCCCUACUGCAACUACGACUACGUCAAGCUCUACGAUGGUCCAGACUCUCAGUCCACCCUCAUUGGCACCUUUUGUGGCAGCUCCCCUCCACCGCCCAACACAACUACCGGCCGCCAUCUGCACGUUGUCUUUGCCUCGGACCCCUCCGUUUCCCAUCCCGGCUUUCAGAUGCUGUGGUUCCAGAACGGUUGUGGUAGCGAGCUGACCGGACCCCAAGGCUCAUUCAACAGUCCCGGCUUUCCCAACAAGUAUCCCGACAACAAGGAGUGUAUCUGGCACAUUCAGACAGCCGCCCAGAGCAGCGUGCAGCUCACCAUCCAUGAGUUUGACAUCGAGCCUCAUCCUGACUGCAGCUACGAUGUCCUGGAGGUGUAUGGUGGUCCUGAUACGUCCGCUCCAAGGUUGGCCCAGCUGUGCCACCCGAGGCCCCCCGACCAGCCCCUCCAGGUGUCCAGCACUGGCAACUUCAUGACCAUCCGAUUCAAAACAGACGAGUACGUCCAGGGGAAAGGAUUUAAUGCCAGUUGGCAUGAAGUCUCAGGAGGCUGUGGCGGCGUCUUCACGGCUCCGGCCGGUGAGCUCCACUCUCCCAACUUUCCCAGUCCGUACCCCCCGAAUGUCGACUGCUCCUGGGUGCUCAACGUGGACCGAGGCCAUCGAGUGCUCCUGACAUUCAAUGAAUUUGAAAUUGAAAACCAUAACGCCUGUAACUACGACUACCUCGCUGUGUACGACGGCCCUGAUGCCAACGCUCCUCUGCUGGGAAAGCUGUGUGGCUUGAACAUGCCAGCGGCCAUCACCGCCACGCAGAGCACAAUGUACAUCCGCUUCCGCUCCGACAGCAGCUUUAACCACAAGGGCUUCAGUGCUCAGUUCUCUGAAGCCUGCGGCUCGACUAUCGUCACCGACGACACUGGCGGAGUGAUUGCCUCACCGUUGUACCCGAGCAACUACCCGCACAACCAGAACUGCAGCUGGAUCCUCAUCGCCCAGGAGCCGUUUACUCACGUCACGUUGUCCUUCAGCGACUUCAGUUUGGAGAACUCAAAUGGCAACUGCACCACGGACUUUGUAGAAAUCCUGGAUGGAGACAACUAUUGGGCGCCGGUGAAAAGCCGCCAUUGUGGAACGGUGGUCCCUCACCCAGAAACCUCCUUCAGCAAUGCUCUGGUUGUGAACUUCUUCUCCAACGGAGUGGGCAGUGCCAGAGGGUUCAGAGCCACCUACGCUGCUUCUUUAUCAGCCUGUGGUGGGGUCCUGCACAUGGAAACGGGAGCCUUCAACAGCCCCAACUACCCUGACGCCUACCCUCCGAACACCGAGUGUGUGUGGAAUAUCAUCAGCUCACCUGGAAACCGCGUGCAGCUCUCCUUCACCAUGUUUCACCUCCAGGACAGCGUUGAUUGCUCCCAUGAUUACUUGGAGAUCCGAGAAGGAAACGCGACCGGCCUGCUGGUGGCCCGCUUCUGUGGGAGCUCCCUGCCCGCCAACUACACCUCCAUGAUAGGCCACGUACUGUGGGUGAAGUUCGUGUCGGACGCCUCGGUCAGCGGCGAGGGCUUCAGGGCCACGUUUGCACACUUGUUUGGCAAUGAAAUUUCAGGAUCGUCCGGACAGAUUGCCUCGCCACUUUGGCCACGGCCAUAUCCGAUGAAUGCCAACUACCGCUGGACUAUCACCGUGGCUGCCGGGUCCUUCAUUCGGGCUCAGAUCGUCCAGAUGGACAUUGAGGACUACUAUGACUGUUACGUUGACAAACUCAAGUUCUUUGAUGGGCCCGAUGUCCACUCGUACCCACUGGGCACUUUUUGUGGCAUCUCUCCUCCUCCUCCAAUUCAAAGCUCCGAAAACGUCAUGACCCUGCAGUUCCUGUCAGAUGACAUCAUCAGCGGAAAAGGCUUCUUCAUCGAAUGGACUGCAAUCGAAGAGUCCGGACCGGUGCCCACCGUCCCACCAGGAGCUUGUGAAGGUGUCAUCAUCGUCGGCGACUCCCCCGGCUUCCUCUUCUCACCUGGCUGGCCAGCGAACUACCAGAACAACCUGCACUGCAUGUGGCUGAUCAGAGCGCCGGACUCCACCGUGGAGUUCAAUGUCCUAGCUGUCGAUAUCGAGGCCCAUAGCACCUGUUAUUACGACAGCCUCAUCAUCAGAGAUGGGAAGAACAUGUUGUCACCGAUCUUGGCCACUGUGUGCGGUCGAGAGCUCCCUGGACCAGUCCGAUCUUCUGGGGACAGCAUGUACAUAGAAUUUAUCUCAGACGGCUCCGUCACCAGAGGAGGCUUCAAUGCUUCGUACCACAAGAGUUGUGGAGGGCUUUUCCACGCCAACCGAGGUGUCAUCAUGUCUCCAAAUUAUCCGCAGUCAUAUACCCCAAACCUGGUCUGCACAUACCACGUGAUGGUGACCAGUGGGUUUACGGUGGCUGUGCACUUUGAUGCGCCAUUCCAGGUCAUCGGUUCUGGCAGCACGUGUACAAGUGGGGACUACAUUGAGUUGAGAAAUGGACCUGAUGCUUCAUCGCCACCCCUUGGCACCAACACUGGAAAUGGGCGCUACUGUGGUUCAGCGCCACCUGCUACCAUGCACACCUCUGACAACCAGCUGUUUAUUCGGUUCCAGUCCGAUUCGAGUGCCGAAGGAAACGGAUUUAAACUGACGUAUGAGGCUCUGAGUUACGCUUGUGGAGGAAGGAUUUACCUGGCUGACUCCGAUCCCCCCGGAUACGUCACGUCUCCCAACUACCCUGACAACUACCCUCAAAACAUUGACUGUGUCUGGGUGGUGACCGUCCCCAAUGGAGAGGCUGUCCAACUCGAUUUCGAAGGUGACUUCUUCAUUGAGCCUUCAAGCAGCUGUCUAUAUGAUUACCUGGAACUUCGUGAUGGAGCCACCUCUGACGCCACUUUGAUCGCCAGGCUUUGUGGCCAAGAACGUCCAAGCACACAUAAAUCCACAGGGACCACCAUGUACCUCCGAUUCCGCACCGACAACAGUUUUGCACACAAGGGCUUCAAAGUCAAGUAUUCAAUCGCGACUUGUGGAGGAAGAUAUUUUGGACAGAGUGGUGUGCUGCACAGCCCUGGAUUUCCAGAUGCCAAUUACCCUGACAAUUCUGAGUGCGAGUGGUACCUUCAGGGACCCACCGGUCACUAUCUGACCAUCAGCUUCACGUCAUUCCACCUGCAGGAUUCAGAGGACUGCACCUCAGACUAUGUGGAAAUCAGGGAGUACAAUGCCAGCGGACGGCUACUAGCGAAGCCCUGCGGGGCCAGCAUCCCGUCUCCAGUGGACACCGCGGACAGCUUUGCCUACGUGAAGUUUCUGAGCGACGCGUCUCAGAACGCAGCCGGAUUCAGCCUGAGGUUUGAUGCCAGUGUUGAAGAGUGUGGCGGUGACCUGAACGCAGCUUCCGGAACGAUCAGCUCUCCCAAUUAUCCCAACCUUUACCCACAUUACCGUUUUUGCACCUGGAGGAUCACGGUCCCCGUAGGACGAAGAGUCACCCUCACGAUCAUCGACCUCCGCCUGGAGCAACACGUCGGCUGCAAUUUAGAUAGCGUGGCGGUGUACAACGGCCUGCUGGGUAACUCACCGCAGUUAGCCAAGUUCUGCGGCGUCGUAAACCCCGGCACUCAGGUGAAGUCUUCCGCAAACACGAUGAUGGUGAUAUUUGUCACUGAUGGAUCAGUGUCCUCGGGGGGAUUCACCGCUGACUACAGCUCAGAGGAGGAUGCAGUCUGCGGAGGCCUCCUGGACAACCCCAAUGGAGGGAACUUCACUUCUCCGGGUUACGACGGUGUGAGCAACUACACAGACCUCCAGAGCUGCGAGUGGACCAUCGAGAACCCAAGCCCCAUCAACUCGUCCAUUUACAUCAAGUUUGACGACUUCCAUCUGGAGCAUCACCAGACCUGCAUCUAUGACUACAUCGAGUUUCGGCUAGAUAAUUCAGACGGGGAGUUCCUCGCAAGGUUCUGUGGAGAACACGCUCCCGACAUACCUCUGGUGACCUAUGCGUCUCACAUCUGGGUGCUGUUCCACAGCGAUGAGCUGGUCAACGACAUUGGAUUUUUAGCCAAAUACACAUUUACAGAUUGUGGAGGCCUGCAGACUGGUGAGAGUGGAGUGGUGGCGAGUCCCGGUUACCCCGAGCAGUACAGUAACGUCCAUCGCUGUGCUUGGCUGCUGGAGGCACCAGAAGGUCACACCAUCAAACUUUCUUUUACGUACUUUGAUGUCGAAAGCCACGCAGAGUGCAACUUCGACUCUGUGACGAUAAUGAAUGGAGCCUCCACCAGCUCACCUGUGCUUGGCCGAUACUGUGGCACAAACUCGCCUGGCACCGUCCACUCCGGCUCCAAUAAACUGCUUGUGGUCUUCAUCUCUGACCACUCUGUCGUAAAGGGGGGAUUUUAUGCAACCUGGAGCACCGACUCCACAGGAUGUGGUGGGACCCUUCACACUGACAGUGGCACCUUCAAGUCUCCAGGACACCCCGGGCAGUUCCCCACAAAUUCAGAGUGCAUGUGGACCAUCGUCGCACAUGAAAGCAGCCACUUAGAAGUCGACUUUGACAGUAACUUUGAGAUUCCUGACAGCAGCGGCCAGUGCCAGAGCAGCUUCAUCAAGGUGUGGGCUGGCAACAGAGAAGUAGAUGAACACCUUUUGUCUGUGGGCUGUGGUGCCCACGCUCCGGAGCCAGUUGUCGCCCCGGCCAACGUGAUAACUGCACGCUUCCAGACAGUAGGGACCCCAGGAAUUGGAUUCUCGGCUUCAUUCUCAACACGCUGCGGUGCAAACUUCACAAACCCCAUUGGCCGCUUGGUGUCUCCCAAUUAUCCUCAAAACUACCCGGCCAGUAUGGACUGCCUGUACCUCAUUGAUGCGGGCGAACAGAAGACCGUCAUCCUGCAGUUCGAGACGUUCCAGAUUGAACAACACUCCACCUGCAACUAUGAUGGCCUGAAGAUCUACAGGGGCACUGUGGUCACAGGCUUUCCGAUGGUGACUCUGUGCGGGACGCAGAUUCCUGGACCGGUGACCACGCAUGGUCCCAUGCUACUUAACUUCUACUCGGACUCCAUGGUGUCAGACAAAGGCUUCCUGGCAAAAUACCAAGUGAUUCCCUGUGGCGGCACAUUCAACCAGUCGUCCGGCACCAUCAGCAGUCCAACGCACUCCAUCUCCAACUACCAUAGUGACAUGAACUGCACCUACCACCUGGUGGUGGCCUACGGCAGGGUCAUUGAGCUCAAGUUUAAUUCGUUUGACCUGGAGGUCUCCUCCAACUGUGCCCUUGAUUACGUGGCUGUCUAUGAUGGAGUGGACACCUUUGCCCCCUUGCUUGGUAAAUUCUGUGGCCGGGUCACCCCACCAGUCAUAAAAAGCUCCUCGAAUAACCUCUUCUUAGUGUUCAAGACAGACACCUCCAUCACGGCGGGCGGCUGGAGGGCCACCUUCCGUGAGACUUUAGGACCACAGCAAGGCUGCGGUGGCUUCCUCAACGCAUCCACGGGCUCCUUCAGCUCGCCUGACAUCAACUCUGACGGCAAAUAUGAAACAAACCUCGACUGCCUGUGGUCCAUAAUGGUGCAGCCCAACAAAGUGGUCAACCUCACCUUCACGCAGUUCGAUCUGGAGGGAACCUCUGGAGUGAUCUGCCGAUACGACUACCUCAAGAUCUACGAUGGCGACAGUGAACAAUUCCCGCUAGUGGGCACCUUCUGUGGUUCAGAUGUACCAGCGACCUUUGUCUCCAGCAGCAACUUCCUGACGGCGCGCUUCAUCUCAGACGGCUCCAUAGUCAAGAGCGGCUUCAUUGCCACAUACGCUGCCAUCGAUGCACAAUGUGGUGGGGUGUUUUAUGCCAACAGCUCCCCACAGACCAUCUCAUCGCCCGACUAUCCCGGGGCGUACCCCGACUCUCUGCUCUGCCGCUGGGUCAUCGACGCCGCAUAUCAAGAGAACGUCAAGCUGGUCAUCCAGUACUUCCAUCUGCAGCCCAGUCAGGACUGUGCCCAGGAUUACUUGGAGUUUAAAGACUGGCCAGUGGGUGACUAUGGCCAGGUCCACAGAUUCUGCGGAGUGGACACUAGGAUUCCCGACUUCUACUCGUACGGGCGGACGCUUCAAAUGACGUUUCAAUCUGAUGAGUACCAGCCUGGCAACGGCUUCAGCCUGACCUACCAGAUAGCAGGUUGCAGUCGGGAGUACAACCAAACAUUUGGCCUCCUGAAGAGCCCCGGCUGGCCUAACGUCUACCCUCAUAACAUCGAGUGCACCAUCGUCCUGCGAGCGCCCCUCAACAGCUCCAUCUCGCUCUUCUUUGACGCCUUUGACUUGGAGUCUCACACGUCAUGCAGCUACGACUAUCUGGAGAUCAGAAAUGGCAGCGACGCCUCUGCCCCUCUGCUUGGAAAGUACUGUGGCAGCACCCUGCCUAAUCCUGUCUUCCCUGGGAGCAACCUGCUUUAUCUCUAUUUUAAGAGUGACUUUUCAAUGGCACGCAAUGGCUUUGAAAUAACAUGGACUUCCUCGCCCAAUGGGUGUGGAGGAACCCUCUACGGAGAUCAAGGUUCCUUCACCAGUCCAAACUACCCUGCCUCAUAUGCCAAUGGCUCAGACUGUGAGUGGACCAUCGUGGCACCAGUUGGACGUGUGGUCAGAGUCACCUUUGCCUUUGUAAGCAUCGAUGACCCAGGCGACUGUGUGAGCAACUACCUGAAGCUGUUCGACGGACCCAACGAGAGCAGCAGCUACGUGGGCCCAUAUUGUGGACUGGAAACCAACAUCGCUCCUUUCACUUCAUCAUCGUUCCAAGUGUUGGUCAAGUUCCACGCUGAAUUGGUGGUGAAUCCAUCAGGGUUUAGACUGACGUGGAGCAGCUGAGGAGGCCCACGAAACAAGAAUUUAAAAUGCCUGAGCAGCGGCUGACGUGCCGGGCAUUUGGUUUGAGUCUGCGCUGAUCUUUUAGCCUUUGAGAUUUGUGUCUUCUGUGCAAUCUGUUGUAUAGAUUUUGAAUACUUCAUAUUCAUUGAUGUUUAAAAUGGCAAAACAAACUUGUGAGAUCACUUAUUUUCUUAUUAAAUUAACUGAACUUGAUGUUCUUUUCAUUUUCUUU